AUGGCGUUACAGACCACAAUCCGUUUACUGCUAUCGCUGGACCCUACGAAACGUCCGAUAGCUCGUGCAAUUCUAGCAUCGCCGUUCAUCGAAUCGGGUCCGAUCAAGACGCUUCGGAUGUUGCAGAGUUUGGUCGGGUUUGAGCCGGUGGUUCAAGCAAAAUUUCUGACAACGCUACCUAAAGCGAUCGAUGGCUUCUCGCCGCGUGUGCUCCGUGACAUGGUGAUCCCAGGCCUUCACUUAGUGGUGACCAACAAGGCUAUGUCUCCAUUUGUCAUCACGCUGCUACUCAAGAUCGUGUUCAAGGUCGACAAGCAAAUGUUCUCGCACUCGGUUGCAUCAAUCGUGAUCCUGCUGCUGGCGAUCACGGAGCCUGUCCAGUGCAUGCUGGUGAUCCGUGUUAGAACUAGAGACGCUCAUCCCAAAGACAGAGGACGGCUACAUUCGUGGCCACAUUGUUCCCAUGCUGUGCCGGGCACUCGAUAG